GGCGGCGAGACGCGGUGCAAGGAGCAGCUCAACUCGGGCCGCAAGAGGGACGGCACCUUUGCCGAGUACGCCGUUGUGCCGAGCCGCUACUUGUUGCGCAUCCCCGCCCACAUCACCGUGCCCGACGAGUUGAUCGCCCCGAUCCUUUGCGGCGGCGUCACUGCUUACGCGGCGAUCAAGAAUGCCGGCGUUGUCGGUGGAAAGUGGGUCGCUGUUUCAGGGGCUGGCGGCGGCGUGGGCGCGCUGGCGGUUCAGUAUGCCAAGGCUAUGGGCUACCGCGUCCUGGGAAUCGAUGUAGGUGAUGCAAAGCGGGACAUGUGCCUCUCAUCUGGGGCAGAUUGCUUUGUCGAUGCGGCUCAGAGCCAGGAUUUACGGCGGGACGUUGAAGUUGCCAUGGGACAGACGGGAGCAGACCUGCUGCUCGUCUGUGCAGCUUCAGGCGGCGCAUACAAUGCAGCGCUGGGCAUUGUUGCGGCCUUUGGCACCUUGGUUAGUGUUGGAAUCCCGCCCCCUGACCAACUGGUUUCUUUCCAUCCUCUGCUUCUUAUCGACAUGGGCAUUAAAAUUGUGGGAUCUGCUGUUGGAACAAAGGAAGACACCCUUGAAGCCAUUGGGUUUGUUCAGAGAGGUCAAGUCAAACCCGUUGUGAAUAUUCAACGCCUAGAAGACCUGCCUGGGCUGGCUUCACGGUUUGGAGAGGUGAGUUAA